ACUGCACCUCUGAAGACUUUUUCAAAUGUUUACCACUUUCGGCUGUUAACCAUCGGGUAAUAGAUGCGAUCUUCGUCGGCGAAAUGUACGGACGGCGGAGCCAGUGCGUUUCUUAGACUCCAUCAGUGAAGAUAUUCGCGGCUCCUCUAUCGCUUAGCAGAGCUCAUAGGCUACAACCUGAAAAUGUCGACAGCCUCAGCCCCCCUCUCAAGAAAUGGCCUCGUUUUUACAGUUGACCUACACUCCAUGGAUGUGUUGCGGUCGCUGUUACAAAACUGAGAACCAGACUCCUUCCUCUUGCCCUUUGUUAGGUCCCAGCUCCUACAAAGGAAGGCGGUUUCUUGUUAACUUUUCUGUUACAAAGGAAGGGUUUUUACGGUUCUCUCUUGGGAAAUUUAAAAUUACUGUAGAUCUACACUUACUUGGAAAUCACAAGAUGUCUCACUCACUUGCAUCGUCAAGCAAGAGCAAAACGCUCGCUCAAGUUCAAGAGGAGGAGGAUGACGACCUGGUUAUCCUUCCCUACGUUGACAACUCGGAGCUUAUAGCUCGUUACCAACUCAGUCUGGUUGGAAGGCUCUUCAACAGAGAGAGGCGCAGUGUCGAAACCCUCAUCUCUCUCCUCCCAAGACCGAGCAUAUGGGAUGUUGAAGGCAGAGUUCGUGGGGUGGACUUGGGGAACCAACGCUUCCAAUUUGACUUCGAUUCUGAAGAAGACCUACAGAAGGUGUUAAGCAAAAGGCCAUGUCACUACAACAAGUGGUCCUUUGCGCUUGAAAGAUGGGCACCUCACAUAGGCGACUCCUUCCCCAACACUAUGACGUUUUGGGUCACCGUUAUGGGGAUUCCGACACACUACUGGCUAGAACCGAUGUUCAGGGCACUAGGAUCAAGACUUGGACAUGUAGGCCCGGUGGAGGAGAAAACAGCUAAAUUCCAGCUUGAGCUCAAUGCAGAACUCCCCUUGAAAUUCUCUCUUCGGGCGCAACUACCCACUGGUGAAAUCGUCCCAGUCUCUCUGGAAUAUGUCAACCUCCACAGAUGGUGCCACUCAUGCCGUCUCAUCUCCCACGAGGCGGAGUCGUGUCCCACCUUAUCUGAAGAAGAAAGAGCAAAAUUCAGGACAUCAAAUGAAGCUGCUAGAGAACAGGGUCAACACUCCAGAUUUGAUACAAAAAGAAAUGGAGAUCUUACAAGGAGAGUCAGUGCAACCGUGCCUCAGGUUACAAACUACAACGAAAGACGCUCCGGAGAAGGAACUCAAAGAGAGAACCGGGAUAACGUGUGGAAGCGUAUUGAUUCCCGGUAUCCUCUGAGAGAUGACCACCGUGAGACUCACCAUCGGCCAGCUAGAGAAGAGAAACGCGAUGAUAACAGACAAAGCUCCCGAGAUAGAGAUACCCAACCAGCUAGCAAAGAUACAUACAACAAAAGGAGAUAUGAUGAAUCUUUUGCAGCAAGCAGAAAACGUGAGGAAGCUAAGAGAGGAGAGAGAAAGCAAGUACCUUCAUCUCGCAGCACUAAGGGAGAGACAGCAGUUGCAGGCUCUCGUGAGAAGCAAAUGGCUCGACCUCCCAGCAGCUCAAAGGACGAGAAGGCAUCUGAGGAGCAUCUCACCAAUGCUCUGGAGCUCCCUCAAAUGGCAAAACAAAUCUACUCCUCUCCCGAUCAUGUGCGGGAAAGACCCUUCAGACUUAACAUUCAAGGAAAAUCUUCUGGUGAUUCGAAAUUGAAAGGGAAAAUGGGAGAUGUGGUUGAAUCCUCUGAGUCGGUGAGUUCUGCACAGAAAAGCCUGAAGUUUGCAGAGGCUUUUAAGCGAUCCCCGACAAAAGCCCUACUACCUGCGAACAAUGAUGAAAUUAAAAAGAAGAGUUGGUAUGAACUAACUGUGGAGGAAGAGGAGGAAACGGCAAUUUGUGAUAAGAAAGAGGAAGAUAUUUCUCACCAGGAAGCUAUUGGAAAGAAUAGCGAAGUGGAGGACCUUCAUGCGGAGAAGAUUUUGGAAGAGGAAGAUUGGAUGAUCGAUGGUGAUAAUUUUAACGAGGAUGAUGAUGAUCUUAUGGAAGAAGAUGAGUUACUCUACUAUGAGAACCAGAAGAUAGAAGAAAUCGCACCCCUGAUGGCUCUAGAUGAUUCGGUGGAACAGGAAGAAGAAGCUCCCGAGCAGGAGGAUAAUCUCGAUAACCUGAUGGUGGGGGAUAAACUGACUGAUAUACCGGAAUCCAGCUCUGAGCUAGGCCACAACCCAGCCUCUCCUCACCCAAAACAGGCUCUACGGUCACCGUUCAAAAAGAAGAAAGGGUCUCCUAAUCCUAACGCGGUGGGCUUGUCCCUGAGGAAGAGGAACUUACUCAUGGGCCGGGCUUCACCAAAACUUAAGGAAUCAAAAGAAGCAAAAGAUGGACAGUCACUGGGCCAGAAAUCAACAAAUGGGCUCGUAAUUAAGCAGCACGGCAGAGACAAAGAGGAGUCUACUCACAAGAACAAAACCAAAACUACAAAGGUGGGAAGCAGGCCACCCAAGAUUCCCAAAUGAAUACAAUUGCAUGGAAUUGUCAAGGUGUGGGUGCAAAUUUUACAAAG